AUGUUUAAAUCAGCAGUGCACAAUCUGGAAGAAUCAUCGAAGGAACAAGUACAAGAGUUCCUAAAUUCUUUUGAUACAGUCUUGUCAGAUUGUGACGGAGUACUAUGGAUUAAUAAUAAUGCUAUACCUGGAUCAGCUGAUGUUAUAAAUUAUUUUAGAAAAUUGGGAAAGAGAGUAUUCUAUGUUACCAAUAAUUCAACGAAAGUACGAGCAGAUUUUGCUCUUAAAGCGCAAGAAUUAGGCUUCAUUGCUGAACCGGAAGAAAUUUUAUCAACAGCUUAUUUAGUGGCUCAUUAUUUGAAGGGUAUUGGAUUUAAGAAAAAAGUGUAUCUAAUUGGUUCCAAUGGUGUUGGUGAUGAAUUGAAAGCUGUGGGCAUUAGGCAUAUAGGAAUUGGGCCAGACCAAGUAAAGGCAGAUUUCAAGUCUAUGACGCAGUCAGACUUAGAUCCAGAGGUUGGUGCAGUAGUGGUGGGAUUUGAUGAGCAUGUGAGCUAUCCUAAAUUUAUGAAGGCUGCAUCAUAUCUAGCUAAUGAUGAAUGCCUAUUUGUAGCAACAAAUACUGAUGAACGGUUUCCUAAAUCAUCUACUAUCAUUGUUCCUGGCACUGGCACUUUAGUAAGAGCAGUUGAAACAUGCUCAGAAAGAAAAGCUCUGGUUUUAGGCAAACCAAAUGACUAUGUAAGAAAGUUCCUGGAGUCAUUUGGGCUUGAUCCAGCAAGGACUUUGAUGAUUGGUGAUAGGUGUAAUACAGAUAUUGAAUUUGGCGUUCGCUGUGGUUUCCAGACACUUCUAGUUUUGACUGGUGUCACUUCUACGAAAGACUUAGAAAAGAUUCGAAGUGAGCAAAAAGAGCCUCUCCCUGACGUAGUUUUGCCCAAGCUGGGGAAUUUGCUUAAUUUAGUAUCAUAA